AUGGGAGAGAUGGAUCUGUCGUCCCUGUCUGCUGAUCAGCAGAGUCAGGUUACGUCUCUGCUUGGGCAGUACACCUCUGUCUUUUCGGCUCACGAUGGGGAUUUGGGUUGUACUAACCUUAUCUCCCAUGACAUCCCCCUGGUUGAUGACAUUCCGGUCAGGCAACGCUAUAGGCGUAUUCCACCCUCAGAUUAUGAGGUUGUGAAGGAGCACAUUAACCAGCUGCUCUCAUCACAGGUAAUCCGGGAGAGCAGCAGCCCCUAUGCCUCCCCCAUUGUGUUAGUGAGGAAAAAGGAUGGUAGUCUGCGCAUGUGUGUUGACUACAGACAGCUAAAUAGUAAAACCAGGAAAGAUGCCUUUCCUCUGCCACGCAUAGAGGAGUCCUUGGAUGCGUUGUCUGGUGCCUGUUGGUUCUCUACCCUGGACCUGGCCAGUGGUUACAACCAGGUACCAGUUGCUGAGGCAGAUCGGGCAAAGACAGCCUUCUGUACACCAUUUGGUUUAUUUGAAUGGAACAGGAUGCCCUUUGGGCUCAGUAACGCCCCCAGUAACUUUCAGAGGUUAAUGCAGCGUAUUUUUGGGGAUCAACAGUGUCAGUCUCUCUUGUUGUACCUUGAUGAUAUUGUUGUGUUCUCAUCAACAGUGGAACAACAUCUGGAGCGGUUGAAAGUAGUGCUAAGCCGACUUCAAACUGAGGGCCUCAAGGCCAAGCUAAGUAAAUGUUCCUUCUUUCAGAAGGAGGUACAUUACUUGGGCCAUGUGAUUUCUGGUGAGGGUGUCUCCACCGAUCCAAGAAAAAUUGAAGUGGUAGCCAAUUGGCCGAUCCCCACUACCGCCUCAGAGUUGCGGUCUUUUCUUGGUUUCGGCAGUUAUUACCGGCGUUUUGUGGAGGUCUUUGCUGAGCUGGCAGCACCCCUGCACAAGGUUGUGGCUGAGGUUGGUCAUGCUAAGACUGGUAAGAAGUCUGAGUGUGGGUUUAUCAGGUGUUGGACUGAUUAGUGCCAAAAGAGCUUUCAAGCACUGAAAACUAAGCUCACCACUACA